AUGGCACCGGGCGAGUCGAAAGAUGAACGCGACGAGCGAGUCGCUAAACUCUGGGAAACCCUGGAUACUCGACAAGAGGGUCACAUCGACUUGACUGGGUUAAAGAAAGGAUUAAAAAAGAUCGAUCAUCCUCUUAAAAAUGCAGACGAUAUGGUCCUCAGCGUCGUCCGCAAGGUGGAUACAAAUGGCGAUGGCCGUAUAGACCAAGCCGAAUUCCGAGCAUUUCUCGACCAUACCGAGAAUGGAUUAUGGCAAAUGUUUCAGACCAUCGAUCGCAACCAUAACGGAGAAAUCGACAAGUCGGAACUGGGAAAUGCCUUUUCGCGCUGCGGAGUCACCGUCUCAAGUGCCAAGUUGGACCGGUUUUUUGAUCAGGUUGACAAAAACAAUGACGGGGUGAUCACUUACACAGAAUGGAGGGACUUUCUACUCUUCCUUCCUCUCCAGUCCCCGACCGACCUCCACGCAGUCCUCUCAUACUAUACGGCCACGGGCAAUCUAAACCCGGAAGGAGAUGUCCACAUCAAUGACCUGCAGGGUUUAGGUACAGACCAUCCGUUUCUUACAUCUUAUAUCUUGGCCAUCCAACACCUUUUGUAUAAUAUCUUAUCCCUCCCCGCCUUGGCCUCUCUCCUUCCUUCAGCGCACGCGCAAGCCAGCCACAUCCCAAAGUUGGAACCCAUUCUUGAGCAUGAGUUUCCUUCGCUCGACGGAGACUUCGACUUGGAGUGGUUAUCUCUUCCCCAAACCACCGCCUUGCGGUUGUUUUGCCGAUAUUAUGGACGGAAAUUGACCGAGAAUACCCCUCAAAUAGGUUAUUUCCUUGCAGGUGGACUUGCGGGAGCCGUUUCAAGGACGGCCACCGCUCCCCUCGACCGUCUCAAGAUUUAUCUCAUUGCACAGACUGGCGUCAAAGAGUCAACCAUUUGUGCGGCGAAGGACGGAGCGCCCUUGGCGGCUGCGGGGAAUGCUUCCAAAUCACUGUUGGAUGCGCUGAAGGAUUUGUGGCGGGCAGGAGGAAUUCGGAGUUUGUUCGCAGGUAAUGGCUUGAACGUGGUGAAGGUUAUGCCUGAGUCUGCAAUCAAGUUUGGUGCCUAUGAGUCUGCGAAACGAAUGUUUGCACGACUCGAAGGACACAACGAUACCAAGCGACUCCUUCCAACUUCACAGUUUAUGUCCGGUGGUUUUGGCGGAAUGGUUGCACAGUGUUUUGUUUACCCCCUCGAUACUUUGAAGUUUCGCAUGCAGUGUGAUACCGUGAAAGAUGGCCUGAAAGGCAACCAACUCAUCGCAGCCACCGCAAAAAAGGUGUGGAAUAAGAAUGGCCUGGUUGGAUUUUUCCGGGGACUUCCGCUUGGUGUUGUAGGAAUGUUCCCUUACGCCGCAAUUGAUCUAUCGACGUUUGAAUAUCUUAAACGGACUAUAAUUGCUAAAAAGGCUCGUGAACGUGGCUGUCAUGAGGAUGAUGUACCGCUCGGUAACUUCACGACAGGGGCAAUUGGUGCUACAAGUGGAGGAUUUAGCGCCUCGAUCGUUUACCCUCUCAAUGUCCUUCGGACUCGACUUCAAACCCAGGGCACGAUUAUGCACCCACCUACCUACAGUGGAAUUGGCGAAGUCCUCAGCGUCACUCUGAAGUCGGAGGGACCUCGUGGCCUUUACAAAGGUCUCACGCCUAACCUUCUCAAGGUGGCACCAGCCAUGUCAAUCAGCUACGUGGUUUACGAGAACGCGAAACGCACGCUUGGCCUGCGAUGA